CACUCACAAACACCUUAGAGCGCUUAAGCGUAUAACUUCUCGUACAGUGCAUGCUUACAAUGCAUGGAAAGAUAUGUAUUUUAUGCGAUAAUAAAAUAUGGCGAAUUAUGAGCAAAGAUGAACUUGAAAGUGACAAGAUGAAGCAGGGAGAAUAAUUAAACUUGCAACAUGUUCUGGUGAUUUUAUUUAAAAUCUUUAUUAAUUUUUUGAUGAAAAACAAAAUGCUCACAUAAUGAAGAGUUAUCAAUGGGGUUGGUAUAACGUAGCGAAGUGUUCUUUCAAGUAUUUGUCUCUUUUAUGAGAGACAAAAAGGUUCGUUCUAUUUGAUUUUUGUUUAAAGACAUAUUGGAAUGGGAGUUUGCUGAAUGACAAAUUACGAAUGACAAGAUACUUAAAAUCACCGUGCUGAAACAAUACCCAGGGUGUUAGUGGGUUUUGUUAACAAGGAGUAUUGUUACUAAUUUACGGGCCCUGGCAGUCAAUUACGGGCGAUUGUUAUCAUGUACAAAUAGGUUUUUAAUUGUAUAGCAAAUCUAGAAGUCAUGGACUCUGUCAUUGCUACUUAUAUAUGACGAUGUUAGGCUAAACACGAUUAUAACUCUGAAAAUCUGGAUUUUAUCAACUUUCUAUGUACGUGAAUUUUGCGCUUUCGUUAUUUACAUUUAUCGUUACGUAAUUUAAGUCGCGUCGAAAAGUUAAUAGUAAACCCUAUCUCGUGAGUGGGAAUAUAUUUAAAGAAUUAAAAGAAAUGUAGCUCAGUGUGAAACUGUGGUUUUGAGGAUUUGGUCGCAAGAGUUUGUGGUUAACCAUAUAUGUAAGUUUAAAGCCAUAUAUUGAGGAAUGUCACAUAAUGCUUGAAACUAAGGUUCGAACCUAGCCCUGGAUAGACCAUUGGAUUUUAAAAGAAGUAUGCAAACCUGAAAGGUUAAACGUUUGGAAGCGUUCUAGAAGAGAGGAACGAAAUGGCAGUUUCGGAUCUAAUACACCUGCACGUGCAAAGAGUCUUUCACGUGGGACUCGUGUUAUUAAUCUGUCACGUGGGACAUACCUGGAUCUUUGCGCAGGAAUUGCAGCCUGGAAUGCAAAAUGUGUGCCAGUACCAGGAGGUCAAGAUGGAUGCAGUCCGCAAGCCGUGUGUUCAAGCCUUUACCCGAUUUGUGAAAGUGUGGAGACCAAACUGUAGCGACAAUAGACGAUGGUGUACAGGGUAUGAAAGAAGGACCUACUAUUAUACAACGUUCAGGGACCAGUAUCAACCCAGACAUAUUACAAAAUACAAAUGUUGUCAUGGAUGGAGACAAAGAUCGGGAGAAGUCAGUUGUAUGCUUAGGGAGUGCAACAAAGCGCUGUGCUUGAACGGGGGCGAGUGCAGUUCCUCGACUGGGAACAGAUGUAACUGUCCUGCAGGCUUCCAGGGUGCGCGCUGCGAAUACGACGUCAAUGAAUGCAACGACAACAAUGGCGGAUGUGAUCACGAAUGCUGCAAUACGAUUGGUUCAUACGUCUGCAAAUGUCCCCCGGGUUACCAGCUUGGUAGCGAUGGAAGGGCAUGUCUUGAUAUAGACGAAUGCAUAUCUAACAACGGAGGAUGCCAGCACAAAUGUGUGAACGAGAACGGCAGUUACAGGUGUGAGUGCCCAGCUGGUAGAAGGAUUCAUGCAGAUGGUCGGUCCUGUAUAGACAGCAACCCGUGUUUGCAUGACAGAGGCGGGUGUGAGCAUGACUGCAUCAACGACAAUGGACGGGCCUCCUGUAGAUGCUAUACAGGCUACAGGCUGAACGCGGACCUCAGGACCUGUGAUGACAUAGACGAAUGUGCGAAGAGUAAAGGUGGAUGCACACAGGCGUGUAUUAACACCCCGGGGUCCUUCACGUGUACUUGUACACCCGGCUACCAGUUGGGGACGGACGGCAGACAGUGUUAUCGUAUUGAACUCGAGGUGAUCGAUGGGUGUGCGGUAAAUAAUGGCGGAUGUCACCACAAAUGUUUGCACAAGAGCGGCCAGACCACUUGUGCUUGUAGAGGAGGCUAUGUGCUUAAAACUGAUAACAAGACCUGUGAAGACGUGAAUGAAUGUGAAAGUGGCGACUCCUGCUGUCCCCACAUAUGCCACAACAACCAGGGAGGCUACACGUGUGAAUGUAGGGAAGGAUUCCAACAGCAUGUCCUCGAUGGCUGUAUUUGUCUAGAUGUGGACGAGUGUUUGGCCAAUAACGGCGGGUGUAAGCAGCUGUGUGUCAACAACGAGGGGUCGUUCAGCUGUGCGUGCCGACCGGGCUUCUAUCUCGCUUCUGAUAGGAACACUUGUCAGGAAAUCCGUAGUGCGCACCGCGGUCGCACCUCUACCCGACCGGGUAGAGGCGAGAUCCCUUACCUCCGAUAUGACACAACUCCCAUCCCCAUUAUUCCAGUAGAUGAUUAUAAUAUACAGCUGCCUCACGAGCAGAAAGAUCAGAAAUCCAUUUAUGAUAUUGAAAUUAUGCCAGUUGUUACAGAAUGCAUACCUGGCCGUUUCGGUGAAGAGUGCAUCUACACAUGCGCCGACUGUCUUCAUGGAGGAUACUGCAACACCAAGAGAAAUGGUUGCCUGUGUGCAGCCGGAUGGCAGGGCCUCAUAUGUAACGAAACAUGCCAUGAGGGUACUUACGGCAGCAAUUGUAACAGCAUCUGUACCUGCGAAAAUGGCGGCACAUGUGAUCACGUGACCGGAAAAUGCAAAUGUCCUCCCGGAGUUAAGGGAGAGAAGUGUGAAGACGGUUGUCCUCCAGGAUUCUACGGUGAUAUUUGUGAUAAACCUUGUCCGAAAGUGUGUCCCACCGGGUACUGUGACAGAAUGUUUGGAUUUUGUGAAUGUCUUCCUGGAUAUUUCGGGCCUUCUUGCAAUAUUCCUUGUCCAGAAUUUACCUUCGGUGCAAACUGCAAUCAACACUGCGACUGUGAAAAAGACAAGACCUCAAAAUGUAACCCUAAAACAGGCCAGUGCAUUUGCAAACCUGGCUACCAUGGUGACAGGUGCAAGAAAGGUUGUCCAAAAGGUUUCUAUGGAACUGGGUGCGCAAUGACGUGCAAGUGUGAAGACAAUAUGGAAUGUGACCACGUGACCGGUGAAUGCAUAAAAAAUUGCCCUGCCGGAAGUAUGGGCAGGAAGUGUAAUCUACCUUGUUCCCAAGGGCGGUUCGGCAAAAAUUGUGCCCGGAAGUGCCGAUGCACGGGCAGUCAGUGUGACCCAGUCACGGGCAAGUGCAGCUGUAAGGCCGGGCGGAAGGGGCGGAGGUGUAAACGUUCAUGUCCACCUGGGUAUUUCGGCAUUAAUUGUCGGAACGAGUGUGGUUGUCAGAACGACGCGGGUUGUGACCCAGUUACGGGGGAAUGCUUGUGUUUACCUGGUUACUAUGGCGACAGGUGCGCCCAAGUGUGCCCACAGGGACGAUAUGGACAGGAUUGCAUGCAACAGUGCUUGUGUGAGAACGAGGCUCAUUGUCAUCCACAGAACGGCCAGUGCACGUGUACUUUGGGAUUUGUUGGAGAAAUGUGUGAGAGAGCCUGUGAGCCCGGAAUGUAUGGCGCAGGGUGCUCGGAGGUCUGUGAAUGUGAGAACAACGCCGAGUGUGACCAUAAAACAGGAGACUGUCUGUGCCCCCCGGGCUGGAUUGGCAGGCAUUGUAAUCAAAAAUGUUCGAACAACACGUUCGGUCCUGGUUGUCUACAAACGUGUGAAUGCAGGAACAACGCCACCUGUGAUCACGUGUCCGGUGUGUGUUGGUGCAAACCGGGCUGGAGAGGUCGACAGUGCAGCAAAGGUUGUCCUGCCGGAUUUUUUGGUCAAGACUGCCAGGGAAUAUGUAGCUGCGCAAACGGGGCCCUCUGUAAUCACAUGACCGGGGAAUGUAAAUGCGCUUCCGGUUUUACCGGAGUGAACUGCAACGAGAAAUGUCCUGCCGGUCGUUAUGGGGAAAAAUGUGAGCGUUUCUGCGAAUGUUUGAACGGCGGUACAUGUGACCCAGUGACUGGAAUGUGCGUCUGUCUGCCUGGCUGGCAUGGAGCCCUCUGUGAGGAAGAGUGUGAGGUCGGUCGUUAUGGCAUCAUGUGUUACCAGAGGUGCUUCUGUAGCGGACAUCCGUGUAACAGAGUUACCGGGGAGUGCAACUGCACGGCGGGCUACAUGGGUAUAGCCUGUGAGAAGACUUGUCCAGAGGGCCGAUACGGGGCUAACUGUGCAAAGUCCUGCGCGUGUAAGAACAGCGACUCGUGUAACAAAGAGACGGGCAGGUGUCAUUGUCUGCCAGGCUAUAUCGGGGAAGAAUGUGAUGAAGUCUGUGUACAAGGAUUUUAUGGACAAGAUUGCUUAGAAAGGUGUGACUGCGCAAAUGACGGGACUUGUACAGCGGACACUGGGACAUGUAUCUGCAAGUCCGGUUGGUGGGGAAAACGGUGCCAGAAACCAUGCCUUCCCGGCACAUACGGCGAUCGAUGUGAGCAGCCAUGUCAGUGUAAAGAGAAUCAGCCUUGCUAUCACGUGACUGGCGAGUGCGCAUGCCCGCCAGGAUAUACAGGCCCGGCAUGUGAACAGCAGUGUUCCGAAGGCACAUUUGGGCCUGACUGUCAGGGAUCGUGCACGUGUAAUAGGAACCAGAACUGUGAUCACGUGACCGGAGAUUGUGUUUGUAAACCCGGACAGAAGGGAAAAAAUUGCCAAAAAGCGAAAGGUCGUCGGGUAAAGGAGCUUCGUGGUGGCAGGGUGAGGUCAAAGUUCUGGCAAGACCUGUAUGCGAAGAAGCUUGUUGCAGGGUGUAAUGAUGGGGAAUACGGACCUAGUUGCGAACGCACGUGCGAGUGUGAAUAUGGCGGUCUUUGUGACGUCAUGAACGGACGGUGCUUCUGUAGGCAUGGUUACAUAGGUUCCACUUGUCAGCAUAUGUGCCCCGAGGGCCGGUGGGGUGAGAACUGUACUGAGUUGUGUGAGUGUAUGGACAGUGCGCACUGUGGCCGGAUAGCUGGGAAAUGCAAGUGUCCGCCUGGCUUCACAGGGCAUAGCUGUGACAAAACUUGUGAAGAAGGCUUUUUCGGUAUAGAUUGUGAAGAAGAGUGUGAGUGUGGACCAAAAGGUCACUGUGAUCCUAUAUCCGGUAGUUGCAUGUGUGACCUUGGUUGGCAUGGAGAUACGUGUGAGGAUGAGUGCCCGGAUGGCAAAUUUGGGCCUGAAUGUAUUCACACUUGUAGGUGUGAUAAUGGUGCCUCUUGUGACUCAGUUACGGGAUGUUGUAAAUGUAAACCAGGAUAUUAUGGCCAGUCCUGUGAAUACGAAUGCCCAAAGGGAACGCACGGUGAUUACUGCAGUGAAAGAUGUGACUGUAAAAACGAGGCCAGUUGUGAUCACGUGACUGGAUCAUGUGACUGUAAACCGGGUUAUACCGGCUUAUCCUGUCAGGAAAAGUGUUCAAACGAAACAUAUGGGUUGCGUUGUGCACAGCUGUGCAGCUGUGAGGAGUUUCCGUGUCAUCAUAUUUCAGGCGAAUGUAUAUGUCCGCCUGGCCUAGAGCCGCCCGACUGCCGGAAGCCGUGCCAAGCAGGUCGGUACGGGCCUUCCUGCCAAUUUCGUUGUGACUGUGAUAACGGGGCCACUUGUGACCACGUGACCGGCGCGUGUCUGUGCGUCUAUGGUUGGAUAGGGCCUAGAUGCGAGCACCAACUAAAAUCAAGAAACGUUCCUUAUAAGCGGUAAUGCAGCAAGUGAGUCGGGUCCAAGACGAGGUGACAUACCGUGGGAGUGGAACUACGCUUACAGAAGACGACGAAAAUAACUUGUGUAAAAAGACAACAACGGAAUUAACGAGGAUUUGAUAUCAUGCAAAAGCCAUUGAAGCGAUGAAGAUGUCAACGCAAAAAUUAUAAUGAAAAGUUUUCUAUGCAUAGACUGAAAAAAGAGAAACAUUGAGUUUCAAAAACAUACUUUGAUUGUGAAGCUCGUUUUCCUAAACAUUAUAGUUGCGAACACAAGCCAGUGCUGCUGUAAAUUAGACAUUACACAUACAUUGUGUCAAGGUACUGCAACAUAGUUACUUACGAGUGCAAUACAUAUGUGCGAUAUGGCUUUGAACUUAAACCAUAAGUGGCCGUAUGAAAUUGGUAACGUUCGCCCAUUGAUAUUGUGAAACACCACUCGAGCGAAGCCAGUCCCAAUGGGCAGCUCACUGUGUCGGAGUUUGAUAGACUGAAAAUAGACAACUUAAACUGUCUGAUUCCAUAUUCCGAUUAAGGACGGUGAAUGUCAUUUAAAUGUGUUGUCCAUGUACGGAUAAUUUAGCUGGCCAGUAUCUUGAAUUUGUUAAAAUCAGUGUUGAACAAUCAUGCGUUUUUGUAGGCUACGCUGCUUAGCAAAAUUGUGAUUUACACUUUUCUUUUUAGUUUUUAGUAUCAAAUUAGUUGUUUGAAUGAAUUGCCAAAGAAUUUCAAAGCUUACUGGACACGUUAUGUUUGCAAUAUUUAUUUUUACCUAUUUCGACUGGUCAUGUACAUCAGUAUGCACUGACUGUAUUAUAAUUGCAUGCAUGUAUAGUAUGUAAGUGUAUUUGCCUGUACAAAAUAAUUUCAUGUACAUUUCAAUAAUCGUGAUCAUAUCAACACUGUAUACACAUAUAAGCGAAACUUCAAUACCGUUUGUGACGUUAUUUUAAUUCAGAAAACCAUCAAUUGAAAAUAACGCAGAUACAUACUUAUAUACAUAGAAAAUACAUGAACAAAUAAGCAGAGUAAUGGUUGAAUCGGUGUAUAACAAACUAUGGCAAUUAAUAUUGUUUAAUUGAUUUAUUUCAUGUUUCGCAACAGUUUCGUUUUACUGCUGAUGAUUCUUGCUCAUUCAGUCGCGUUAGUUCGAAGUCCAGUACACAUUGGUGAUGAGGAAUGUUCAAGAAAGAUGGUUUUCAAUUAGCUUGGAGUCCAAAACUUUAGAAUGUAUGCAAAUAAAUACACUGUGUAAGCUUAACUCUGCUGUCUUCAAAUACAUGUACCUGUGACCACCCAGUUGCAAUACGCAUACACAAUUCAUGUCUUUAAUCUCAAAUAUGUUUACAUUAUUCAGAACUUUUCUGAUCAAAAUAGUUUUUCAUGAACUUUCUUCAAUACAGAACCAGUAAAAUUUUGCUGUCAGAAACGUUAAGAGAAGCAUGCCGAUUUCUAAAUAUAAAAUCGUUUUAAAAACAAGGAGCUGGCUAUCAAACUAACCUUUCGAUAAGAUGCGUCGAAGACCAAUAUAACGUUGAACUGUUUUACGGGGAAGAGACACAAAUGUAUAAACAGCACAUACACAAAUACAAACACCACACACAGACAGCAUAUGUAUCCAAAUAGCUUUAUCAAUAAUUGAUGGGAUCUCCGCCUUGGAACAAUCAGCGAAAAAUAUCAAAGUUUUACUUGUGAAUUGAUAUAUGUUUAGCUGAGCUGCAGAUAUUUCCAGAAUGGUAUAUCUGGUAUUGAAAGUGAGCGUCCAUCAUAGCUUUGGAUUCUGAGGUUAAUGUUUAUGUAUAUAUGACCAUCUUGUGGUUUUGGUGACAGUGUUUACAAUAAUAUAGUCUUUGUUAAAUUAUCAAUGAGUUUGUCUGAAGAAUUAUGUUUUAAAGUGGUUGCAAUGUAUCAUUAAUGUUAAAUAAAGUAUGUUGUGUUACUGUAUUUUACAACAAAACCACAACUCAAACGAAAUGUCGAGUUGUAAAACAGUGAGUGUAUGGACUGUAUGGAUAACGAAAUAAAUGAACAUCCUGCAUUGAUGUGCAUGCGCUUAGGCAACAUUGAAACUUUAUGAACAUUGCAAUUUAUCGUUCGUGUUUAUUCAUAUGUAGUUAUAUUGUUCCAUUUAUACUGUAAAAUUAUAUGAUGUUACCUAUUGUAUGACUGUUUUGUCAAAUAAAAUUUCAAGAUGUU